UAAACACUUUAUGAAAAUAAAUAAAUUACCUUACCAUUGAAACCUACAAAAAACCAUUAGUUUUAGCCAAUUUUAAGGUGUAUCAAAGUGAAAUUGCUUCUUUACUCACAAUUCUCUCCAGCUUGUCCUUCUCAGGAAAUGAAUAAACUGAACUCAACUUCCAGGACAUUUCUGCCCCAUGUUCCACUUCUAGAAAAAAAGUUGACUUAAUGUAAUGUGAAUGCACAAUGUGAGUUUACUAUUUAUUUGGUGGUCAGGAAGCUUGAUAUUUUUAAUAUACUCCUAGGUUUUGAGUAGGUGUAGUUCUUGCUUUCUUUUACUGUAUGGGGGCACAGGCAACUUGUUCUCUAACAUGGGACAUCCUAGAUUAGAGGCCUACUUGGUAUUUUCUUACAGAUUCAUAGAAUGCACGUCAUUGUCCUUAGUUUUGACGACUGGUUGACUUGUAUAGCAGUGAAUGACGAUUCUAGAAUAAGUGUAUAAAGUCUUCAGUUUCAGCUUAAGUUUUUUCAUUGAGUGAAGCUUCUUCUUUUGAACCAACAAUGUCAAAGACAGUUUUAUAUGCAUUAGCCAUAUUUUCCUUUACCUUUUUCAUACCUUUGUCAUAUGGCCAAACUCCAAGCUUGGAAAUUGAAGUUGCUGCUUUGAAAGCUUUCAAGAACUCAAUCUCUGAUGACCCUUUUGGUGCACUUGUGGAUUGGACUAAUGCAAAUCACCAUUGCAACUGGUCUGGAAUUACAUGUGAUCCUUCUUCAAACCAUGUCAUCAACAUUACGCUGUUUGAGACGCAGCUCAAAGGCGAAAUCUCUCCGUUUUUGGGAAACCUCUCCAAACUCCAGGUUCUUGAUCUAACUUUGAACUCAUUUACUGGAAAUAUUCCACCUCAGCUGGGGCAUUGCACAGAGCUGGUUGAGCUCAUUCUUUAUGAAAACUUGCUUUCUGGUGAAAUUCCUGCUGAACUCGGAAACCUCAGAAACCUGCAGUUAAUAGAUUUUGGAAAUAACUUUCUGAAUGGGAGUAUACCUGACAGUAUAUGCGACUGCACUGAAUUGUUGUUAGUAAGCCUCAUCAACAACAGUUUCACAGGCAAAUUACCAUCUGAUAUUGGUAAUUUGGCUAAUCUUCAGUUGUUUGUAGCUUAUGAAAACAAUUUCAUUGGUUCUAUUCCUACCUCCAUUAGAAAGUUAACAGCUUUGCAAACCCUUGAUCUGAGCGAAAACCGAUUGUCUGGACCUAUACCACCAGAAAUUGGCAACUUGUCAAGUUUAGAAACUCUUCAGUUGCAUCUCAACUUCCUUUCUGGUAAAAUUCCAUCUGAACUUGGCCUCUGCACCAAUCUUGUUACCUUGAACAUGUAUACUAAUCAAUUCACUGGAAGCAUACCUCCUGAGCUUGGAAAUUUAGAAAACUUGCAAACGCUUAGAUUGUAUAACAAUCAGUUGAACUCCAGUAUACCAGCCUCAUUGUUCCACCUUAAGUCAUUAACUCAUUUAGGACUCUCACAGAAUGAGCUAACUGGCCAAAUUCCUCCCGAGUUGGGAUCUUCAAUGUCACUACAAGUGCUUACCCUCCACUCAAAUAGGUUGUCCGGGGAAAUUCCAUCAACUAUAACAAAACUGACAAACUUGACAUAUUUGUCUUUGAGCUUCAAUUUAUUGACCGGAUCACUUCCAUUAGAAUUUGGGUUGCUCUAUAACCUGAAGAAUCUAACUGCAAGUAACAACCUCCUAGAGGGAUCUAUUCCAUCUAGCAUAACAAAUUGUUCACAUCUUCUAGUUUUGACCCUCACUUAUAAUAGAAUAACGGGGGAAAUACCCAUUGGGUUGGGGCAGUUGUCCAAUCUUACAUUUUUGUCUUUGGGAUCAAACAAAAUGGUGGGGGAGAUUCCUGACGAUUUCUUCAACUGCUCAAUGCUUGAAGUUCUAGAUCUGAGUGAUAACAAUUUCAGUGGGAAACUCAAACCGAUGAUUGGCAGACUUUCUAAACUUCGAGUUCUAAGAGCCCGUACUAAUUCCUUUCUUGGGCCAAUCCCACCAGAGAUUGGUAAACUGAGUCAACUGAUGGAUUUAGUGCUUGACGAAAACAGUUUCUCAGGUGUGAUACCACCAGAUAUUUCAAUGCUUUCAGACCUCCAGGGUCUUUCGCUGUAUGACAACAAGCUGGAAGGUAAACUUCCGGUGCAACUUUUUGAGCUUAAACAACUCAAUGAACUCCGGCUGCAGAACAAUAAUUUCUUAGGUCCAAUACCUCACCAGAUAUCCAAAAUGGAGUUACUCUCGUUGCUGGAUCUGAGCGGGAAUAAGCUUAAUGGUACACUCCCAGAGAGCAUGGCGAGCCUCCGCAGACUGAUGACCUUAGAUCUUUCACACAACCUUCUUACUGGAUCUCUUCCUCGAGCAGUACUAGCCAGCAUGAGAAGUAUGCAAUUUUACUUGAACGUUUCCAGCAAUUUUUUGAACGGAACGAUCCCAGAUGAGAUUGGCGUGUUAGAAAUGGUUCAAGAGAUUGAUAUGUCAAACAACAAUCUAUCAGGCAGCAUUCCCAGAUCCUUUGGACGAUGCAAAAACUUAUUCUCACUGGACCUAUCAGGAAACAUGCUCUCUGGUCCUGCUCCAGGUGCAAUUCUCACCAAAUUAAGUGAGCUUGUGUUUCUGAAUCUCUCAAAGAACAGAUUACAAAGCGAACUUCCUGAAAUGGCAGGAUUGCCACAUCUUCGCUCUGUUGAUCUUUCACAUAACAAGUUCAAGGGAAUCAUUCCAGAGAGAUUUGCCAGUAUGCCUGCAUUGAAAUAUCUCAACCUUUCUUUCAACCAACUUGAAGGUCACAUUCCAAAGGGGGGUGUAUUUAACAAUAUAAAGUUGGAAGAUUUAUUGGGAAAUCCAUCUCUAUGUGGAACUAAGUUUCUCAGGCCUUGCAGCACCAAAAGCAUCCGAACAGGUACUCACGGGUUUUCCAAGAAAACCUUGAUCAUUCUUGCAGCACUUGGAUCUGUUUUUGGUCUCAUUCUUCUCGUGUUGGGAGUCUUUUUUCUUAAUCAGUACAUGAAGAAGCAAAAGGUGAAAGACACGGAGGAUAUGAUUCCAAAGUACGCCUCAGCACUGAGCCUCAAGAGAUUUUAUCAAAAGGAUUUGGAACUUGCUACUGAUAAUUUCA